CAACAACUGCUAAAAAUUGUCAAUAUUGUAAAAAUAAAAGAGCCGAACCAAAACCACCACUUAUGGGACAAUUACCUAGAGAUCGACUUACUGCCUUUGUUCGAGUUUUCAGCUACACAGGUGUGGAUUUUUUCGGACCCUAUUUCGUAGCCGUGGGACAUCGUCGAAAAAAAAAAUGGGGUUGUCUUUUCACAUGUCUUACAGUACGGGCAAUACAUUCAGAAUUGGCUGGAGAUUUGUCUGCGGAUGCUUUUAUUAUAUGUUUGAUGAAUUUCAUAAAUAGACGCGGAGUUCCCACUAGAAUUAGAAGCGAUAGGGACACGAAUUCUGUAAGUGCGAGUAAAGAGGACUCGAUGUUGGUGGAAAGAGGGUUGGUCGAAGAAGGCACGCGUCAUGGUAUAGAAUGGAUAUUCAAUUCACCGGGUAAUCCAUCAGCAGGAGGUGCGUGGGAGAGAAUGGUGCGCUGCGUAAAGAGAGUACUUUCUUUUACGUUAAAGGCAAAGGUACCUCAAGUAAAGACGCUACAGAGUUUAUUUAUAGAAGCGGAGAAUCUGGUAAAUUCUCGCCCGUUGACUUACCUGCCUUUAGACAACCAAGAAGCAGAACCUCUAACUCCAAAUCAUUUCAUUUUGGGUUGCCCAAAUGACGUUCAAACGCCAAGUAUAGACGAUAAUAUUUGUUAACGUAGGCAAUGGCAAAUCUUACAGCAAAUGAAGCAAACUUUUUGGAAGCGGUGGGUUUU